AUGAAAGCGUCCGGUAGAGCAAAUUCUGCCAGCAGCGAAUGGCAGCUGAGUCCCUACGAGCAACAGCGAACGGCUGAGAAGGUCAUCACGGACAGCACUGAGGUAGCUGUGCAUUCCGACAGCGUUCGUAGAGAGUUCACGUGCACCGUGUGCCUCGACUUGCUGAAGGACACCGUCGCAACCAGGGAGUGCGGGCAUCGCUUCUGCGAGAAGUGCAUCACCACUGCUUUGGCGAGGUGCAACAAUACGUGCCCCGAAUGUCGCACAAAGAUCGCGUCUAAGCGAUCGCUGCACCGUGACCUUCGUAUGGACACGCUGAUUGCUGCACUCUUUUUAAACAAGGACGAAGGUAACGCUGCCUGUCCCACUGGUCACCAGGACGCUCGGAUAGCUCAAGACAAGAGAACCGAGGGGCAAAACGUGCAGCAAUGA